AUACGUUGGAGCGUUGCACAUUAAAUAUGCAGCAAUAUUGGUUAUAUCGUAAUAACAACUAACAUGCCAAUCAAAGCUAACGCUUGGGCGUCAUAUAUACCGGGCUUCACGAAGACAAACAUUUAUUCCUGCAGUAUAAUCCCAAAGGAGCGAAGCUCUUACUAAACGCAGCAAUGUUUUCGAUUGUAUCCACAUUCAUUUUCAUCUCCAUCGGCUUUAAAGCAACACUAGCACUAGCGGCAAAGAAUGGCUAUGUUGUUGCUGAUAUCAUUGAAAAACCUCCACCUUGUAAAGAUGCCUCGAAGAUUAUUCGCAGAGGUGAUACGUGCGCUGGAAUUGUAACCUACAAGAUGGCAGAUUUCAGCGGGAUUCCGAACGCACCCGAUGUAUCGUCUAUCCGUGCCAUUAUUCCAACCAUAGACAAUACUUUAAAGAUGGUGGGCGCUAAUGCAACGUGUAGGAACGUCUACAAGAAGUAUUUUUGCCAACUGGGCUAUCCCUUCCAUUGCGACGAGAAAACUAUCCAAGCUAACGUUGACGAACUCACAGCUAGUUGUAAGGGAGUAGGAAAGCAAUGCUCUGCUCGCUUGCAUCAAAACUGCGCUACCGUCAUUGAUAAUCCGGCCUUCAAGCGACGAUAUUCUCGCAAGGGAACCUGCGUCCCAUUUCCAGAACUGAAAAAUGAUUCCUACCCAUGCGAGAGAAACUAUAAGGUGUUUGCUUUAGACGCGACAUCUGUGCAAAAGGCAGCAGACAUGAUCGUGGCUCAAUACAAAAUUGUGAAGAACGCCAAUCUUUCUGAUGCUGAGUGUGAAACAAAAGUUGCCGACGCCGUGUGUAAAUCUGCAUUUCUCGCUUGCUCUCACGACCGUACGAAAAUUAUAGCUUUUCUGAGCAAACAAGAAUGCUACAAGAUUGUAGGAUGCGUAAACAAAACCAACGAUGCCAACUUGAUACAGAAAGCCCAGGACAUGUGUUCUGGACUUCCAGACGGCACGAAGGCAAAAACAUAUUCCCUUGAUAAUGUCUACAACAAAGCCAACAACAAAGCAACAAGCCUCGACUUUCCGUUCACCGCCAUUUUAUUCCUUGCUACCUUCAUCGCUCAACGUUUCUUCUAAGCUAAUAUACAAGAAAAAUUUGUAAACUAGGAAAAAACUAGAAAUAAUUUAGGAAUAAACUAGGAAUAAUCUUGAAAUGAACAAGGAAUAAACUUGGUAUAUACAAGGAAUAAUCUGGGAAUAGUCUAUAUAUAGGAAUAAUCUGGAAAUAAACUAGGAAUAACGUGGGGAUAAUCUAGUUAAGUUGACUUCGUAAACAUAUACUAUUAAAACAUGUUUUGAGUCUAAUUUGUCGAUU